CAUGCAGAAGCUAGAUGGUUGUAUUUUGAUCGCACAUUUGGGGAGCAUCGAGAAGUACCUCAGGAGAGUUAGAGCCCUUGGCAGAUCUGGGCAGAGCGUCAUGGGUGAUAUCUCUCCGGAACUCGCACAUGCCCUCUGUGGUUAUCCCUCGCCAUCUUUACUGCCUCGCCUUGAAAAACUAUUCUGGUAGGAUGGUACCUUGGAGACUACCCACCUCCUUCGCAAGCUUCUCAGCCCGCCCUAAUCGAGCUUCAUCUACACGCAAAGGGUAACUUCUUCAUGCUUUCAGUUUUGUCGAACCUGGGAGCUACAUGUCUCCUUAUGAAAUACUUCUCCACUACGGACUUGGAUUCAGCCGCAUCCGUCCCGGUUUCAACAGCAGUUGUAUGUGGCUGGCGCCAGCUCAAGUCCCUCAGUACAGAAGCUGUCGGUGGAUCUACCUUGCUCCACCUGUCCACUCUUCCAUACCCCUUGGAAUUCUCAUUUCUAUCAUCGAAUAAGGACUCCUUCAACUACAGCCCGACCACAUUUUCAACACUUCUUCGGCAUCUCACAAUCCGCGCGGAGAGUUCUGAGCUAUGCCUGCCUUUCCUUGAAGUAACGUGGAUGUCCGCGAGAAAUGUAUACAUCGCUCUCGGCAACGUCCCGCGAUCUUCCAGUAAUGAAGCAUUACUUUUACUUCUCGCCUCCCAUGUAACAGCGCAACAAGUGCAGGCUUUCUCGCUCGACAUGUCUUGUAAUUCACUGCUUACAAUCACUGAAAUCGUGCUGCUGUCUUCAUUCUGUCAGCUAAAUCUGACAACCUUUACCACCAUCAACUUGAAUGACCGCGACCUUGUUACAGCCGUAAAAUCAUGGCCCAACCUCAUAAAACUACGGCUGGGCGACGACGGCCCGUGGUCGAUACUAGGUCCUCAAAUUACACUGGACGGACUUGUCAGUCUGCUCUUGCAUUGCCCAGACUUAUGCACUCUCGGCAUUGUCAUGGACACAUCCUCAUACAACGCUUUGACCCCUGAGUUACCAGGGGGCGGGGUAACCAACACUAAGAUCACGACGCUCUCUGUCGGGGCAUCACUGAUUGAGAACCCAUUGGCUGUCGCCACCUUCCCCUCUUCCAUCUUACCAAACUUGGAGAAAAUUCUGUACAAGGUCGACACCUCUACGUCACAUCAAAGAGACGAAGUGGGCGAAAGCUGCAACGUAUCUGCAAGAUGUGCGAAUUAUCAGGGAACAGGAAAGGGCUAAACUGGGGAUUACUAGGU